AUGCCCUACUCGACAGGUCCUGCGUCAGCGCCGCCCACGCCAGGCAGGUCGGGCCUGGGGGGCUGGCUGGACGCUCGCGCGGAGAAGAAGAUGGAGAAGCUGCGGAAGCAGGCCGAGGAGGCGCGCGAGCGUGCGGAGCGGGAGGCGGCGUUGCGCGCGGAGAAGCAGCGGCGGUGGGAGGAGGAGCGCCAGCGCAUGGAGCAGCUGGCCGCGGAGCGCGCCGCGCAGCAGCAGCAGCGCGAGGAGGAGCGCCAGAGGGCCGAGGCGGAGCGCGAGGCCGAGAGGGCGCGCAAGGAGGCGGAGCGCGAGGCCGAGAGGGAGCGCCAGCGGCUGGAGCGCGAGGCGGCCAAGCAGGCGGCGAUCCAAGCGAAGGAGCAGGCGCGGCUGGACGCGAGGCAGCGCCAGGAGCAGGCCCUGGCGGAGAAGGAGGCCGCGAAGCGCCGCAAGGAGGAGGCGAUCGCGCAGCGCGAGGCGGCGAAGCGCGAGGCGGCCGAGGCGCGCGCGCGCGAAAAGGCGGAGCGGCAGGCGCUGAAGGAGCAGAUGAAGCAGCUGCGCAAGCAGAAGCGCCUGUCCUACCAGGGGCCGCCGCACGGACAGGCGCAGCCCGCGCCGCCGCAGCAGCCCGCGCGCCCCGUGGUACCAUCGCAGGGCCUACCGCCGCUGCCGUCGCAGCAGGCUGCGCAGCAGCAGCAGCCCCAGCAGCAGCAGCAGCAGCAGCAGCAGUCCGUGUCGGCGCCCGUCUCUGGCCUGAACACGCCCACGCAGCCGGGCACGCCGCGACAGUCCGCAGUGGCAGGGCAGCAGGCGACCACGCCCCGCAAGGCGAGCCCGUUCCGCAGCCUCUUCUCGUGGGGCAGCAAGAAGCCGGACAGGUCGGAGAUGCAGCAGCUGAAGGCGGACAACGCACGCAUGUACCAGCACAACCAGCGCUUCGUGCACCGCAUCCGGGAGCUGGACGCCGAGGUCAAGCAGCAGCGGGAGAUGUACAACCUGGCAGACUUCAAACUCCAUCUCCUGGUCGACAUGUGGGCCGCCAACAUGCUGGACCAGGAGGCCGCGGUGGAGAAGCCGCCGGCGCACGCGGGAGGCAGCGCGGCGCCGGCGGGACGCAUCGACGACUUCCCGGGGCGCCGGCAGGACCAGGCGAGCAUGUCGAUGAUAUCGUCGAUCGAGAGCCAGCCGGGGUACCCGGGCGUGCGCGCGUCCUGA